UCUGCACAUUAUUCUCUUGAAAAUUUAGAUACUUUUCUCAGUGCUCACAACGAGAUUUUUGAGGAGAGAAUACACAUAAAUUGCAAUACAACCUCCCAUUCUUUAUAAAUCAUUGUGUAGUAGUACUACUUAAAUUCACAACCCUCGCUAUCUCACUGCUCUCCUCACUUUCUUGAUUUUGCCUUCAUUUCCUUUUCUCCCUCCCUGAUUCGAAAAAUACAACCAACUUCUUAAAUUCUUCAAUUGAAAAUUCGAUUUCCAAAAACUGACUUGCACGAGCCCCUGAUUUCCACUGCUGCAUUAUUUUUAUUCAGUUUUCUCACCUAAAAAUCCCAUCUUUUUUAGACCCUCUUUGAUUCCGAGAGUGGAGAAAGUGUUCAAUCAUAUAUGAAUCGGUGGAAACAAUGAGAAAUGGGAACUCCAAGAAAAGCAAGUUUUCAUGGCCGAAGACAUUGGUGAAGAAAUGGCUCAACAUCAAGGGCAAAACUGAGGAUUUUCACGCUGAUGACAUCAUUUCCGGAGGUAAAAAGAGUUCAUGGCGUUGAUGAAGAAUGGAGGAACAAUUUCAGAGAGAGGGAGGAGGCAUGCACUAUCAAGAAAAGCAAAACAGUAGAGAGAUCAGGUAGACGAACCUCAGAUCGUCUCCGAAGAAGUAAGAUUGAUCUUGAGGCCUCCCAGCUCACAGAUGUGCAUAACUCUAGAAUCUUUGUGGCAACAUGGAAUGUGGCUGGGAAAUCACCCCCUAGUUAUCUAAAUCUUGAAGAGUGGCUGCACACUUCACCUCCAGCAGAUGUUUAUGUCCUUGGGUUUCAAGAAAUUGUCCCUUUAAACGCUGGUAAUGUUUUGGGCACAGAGGAUAAUGGCCCUGCUAGGAAAUGGCUGGCACUUAUUCGAGAAACGCUGAAUAGUCUACCAGGGAGUAGUGGCAACUGUCGCACUCCUUCACCGGUGCCUGACCCUAUAGUCGAGUUAGAUGAUGAUUUUGAAGGAUCCAACAGGGAGAAUGCUUCCUCUUUCUUCCACCGCCGUUCCUUCCAGUCAUUGAGCCGUAGCAUGAGGGUGGUUGAGGAUGACAGCUCGAUGUCCCAACCAAGACUUGAUUGUAGAUACAGUGUCUGCGAUAGAGCUAUCUACGGGCGUAGUAGGCCAAGUGAUUACAGUUACAAUUCUAAUGGGAGGUGGGAUUGCUCCUCAGAUGAUGAUAAUAACGGAUUGAGUGAGUCUCAUUGCACUUAUUCCUCGCCCGUUCCAUACAAUGGUUCUGCUUCUAUGGAGGAUAGAGACAGGGGUCCUGUUCAGUCGAGGUAUUGCUUGGUUGCAAGCAAGCAGAUGGUGGGGAUUUUUCUCACCGUUUGGGUCAAGAGGGAUCUAAGAGACGCAGUACGGAAUCUGAAGGUUUCGUGUGUCGGUAGAGGCUUGAUGGGGUAUCUUGGAAACAAGGGUUCGAUAUCUAUUAGCUUGUCUUUGCACCAAACAAGCUUCUGCUUCAUUUGUAGCCAUUUGACCUCUGGAGAAAAGGAUGGUGACGAGCUGAGGAGGAAUUCCGAUGUCAUGGAGAUUCUGAGGAAAACACGGUUCCCACGAGUUCAUGGCAUUGGUGAUGAGAACUCUCCUCAAACAAUUCUUGAGCAUGAUCGAAUAAUAUGGCUUGGGGACUUGAAUUACCGAAUAGCCCUUUCUUACCGAUGUGCAAAAGCUCUUGUUGAGAUGAGGAACUGGAGAGUUUUGUUAGAUAAUGACCAGCUUUGUGUUGAGCAGCGACAUGGGAGAGUCUUUACCGGAUGGAACGAAGGGAGGAUAUAUUUCCCCCCUACAUACAAAUAUUCAAACAAUUCUGACCGGUAUGCAGGUGAAGAUAUGCAUCCAAAAGAGAAACGUAGAACACCAGCUUGGUGUGAUCGUAUAUUAUGGCAUGGCCGUGGCCUCCAACAACUAUCAUAUGUUCGUGGGGAGUCUAGGUUCUCUGAUCACAGACCAGUUUACAGUAUAUUUAUAGCAGAAGUGGAGUCCAUCAAUCGCAACCGCAUCAAGAAAAACAUGGCUUAUUCGAGCGCAAGAGUUGAGGUUGAAGAAAUGCUUCCAUAUGCACAUGGUUAUCAAAUUUAGCUUCUUCUGCUCAUUUGGAUCUUGUGUUGGACCUCGAGAUUAGCUGCUGCUCUCAACAAAAGGUUUACAACUCUUACAUGGAGUGGAGUUCCUAUUAUUCUAUGGUUGAUUUAGGAGUCCUUUAAUGAUUCUAGAUGAGAUGGAGGGAGACGGUGAUGAUGGUUCCUACUCAUUGCUUAAUGUAUGGUGCAUCCUAAACUCCGCUUCAAAAGUGUAAACUCUCCCAGCACGAAAGUGGCAUCCAACAUCUAGAAAUGUAGAGAAUGCAGCAAGCAAGCAAUUAGGUUAGAAAUCUCAGUUUCGUCGUUGCAAUAAUAACUUAAUCGUUCAAUAUCGUAGGUUGAUGGUGAACACCAUAUUGAAACUCAAAUUCUUCUAGGAACAUUUGUAUACAUUAGAAAGUCAUGGCCAAUUGAAGAUGGCUAUUUCAACUGUAAAUGAGUAUUGCAUUCAAAAAACAUUUUUGUUUA